GCUUUUCAAUCGAUACCCGAACCCUAACAGUGGCAGUCGAAAGCCGAGCGCUGACCUGGAAAGCGGAGCGGUAAAAAACGACGGGGUUUACGCCUAGGACUCUCCUCUGAGCCGCUGCCAGCAGCACCAUCAGACGUUGCAGUGAGCUGCCGUCGCUGCAGUUGCUUGGAAGAGUAGCGCUCGCCGUCGAUGCGCCAAUAGGCCAAGACUCAUUCUUCGCACCAUUCCACGCCGGCAAUAUGGCGGGACCUUCAAUGGGGGGAUCCAGACACCCUCGGAAUCAUUGCCGGGACAGGGACUCUCAAGCAGCAUUGCCUUCUUAGAAAGUUUUCCGGAACACACGUAAAAAGCAAGCCGGCAAACUCUGCUUCAAGUCGCCGUCUGCCGUACUUCGGAGUGUCUUGCGGUCGCAAGUUUCGGAGAUAUCCUUCGACGGGAGGAUAAAAGAGAACUUUAAAGAAAACUUUUUGAUGCAUGCGGGUGCAUGUGGAAAUUAUAAUUUUUUUGGACAGAGUGCUAUGAACUUGUAAAAUCUUAUGGACAAGCAUGCCACUGGUAGCAGUUGUUUUUUAUGAGUGACAGAAGCUCGUUUGCACUAUAAUGCAAGAUGCAUUUUGGGCUGUAUGUUGCUCUUAACUUUUUAUGACCGUUUUUCCAGAUCUAUUUAUGUGUGGUAAACAACUCAGUCAAUUCACAGACCAGUUUCACAGACUGUUUGGCAAGACUGUUCAAGAAGGAAAAGUUUUCUUUCAACGUUGUUUAUAAACGAGAUCUUAGUGUCAUUAACCAUUUCGACAGAAAGUGAAAACUGCUUUCAUCAUAUAAUUGGAACUUUGAAAACUUUCUUCCUAUCCACUUCUUCAGAUCUUUCAACGUGUUAAACCAUACAUUUUCUCGUUAGAUAAUGAAUAGUUUCUGAAAUCUGGGACCAACACUCAAAAGACUGAGCUCUUUGCGUUAUAAAUCUUGAUGUCUUCUCUCUGUUGUUGGGUUACCCUUUUUCCGGGGCAGGUAGUCAAGUUCGAUACCUUACAUUUGAAAGGGAACACUCCCACUGAUUUUUGCCCUUUCACCCCGACCCUUUGGUCAAUACGACGCCUACGUCUGAAGGAAUGAAGAAACAAAACGUGCGGACUUUGUCACUCAUCGUAUGCACGUUUACAUAUCUGUUGGUGGGGGCUGCAAUCUUUGAUGCACUCGAAUCUGACAACGAAGACCGACAGAAAGAAGCCCUUCAGUACGUAGAAAAUCUUCUCAUGACCAAGUACAACAUCUCUCAAGAAGACUACAGAAUAUGGACGACUAUAGUCAUAAAAAGUGUUCCUCAUAAGUCAGGUAUCCAGUGGAAGUUUGCGGGAGCCUUCUACUUUGCAACUACAGUUCUUACCACUAUAGGUUAUGGACAUUCAACCCCAGCCACCUGGGGAGGCAAAACCUUCUGUAUGUUCUACGCAUUAGCUGGAAUUCCCUUAGGCCUGGUAAUGUUCCAGAGCAUUGGUGAACGUCUGAACACUUUUGUGGCUUACUUACUGAAACAUGGGAAACGUUGUCUCAAGAUGAGAAACACUGAAGUAUCUGAGACGAACCUGAUUUGCUUGGUCUCUAUCCUAUCGACUGUUGUUAUGACGACCGGUGCAGCAGCCUUUUCUAAAUAUGAGCGUUGGGACUACUUUGAUGCGUUUUAUUAUUGCUUCAUAACUCUAACGACUAUAGGUUUCGGAGACUAUGUAGCUCUUCAAAAAGAGAGCGCUUUACAAAGCAAACCUGAGUACGUGGCCUUCAGUCUCGUCUUUAUCCUAUUUGGACUGUCGGUAGUUUCUGCAGCCAUGAACCUUCUGGUGCUGCGUUUCAUGACUAUGAAUACAGAAGAUGAAAGACGGGACGAAGCUGAAGCCCAAACAGCAGCACAGGAAGCCGUUAGGCUAGAAGGAGACGUCAUAACUGCGAAUGGAUCCAUAAUAUCUGGUCAUGAUCCGAAUCUGUCUUCGGAAGUCGACGAAAUUACAUCCGUGUGCUCAUGCACUUGUUACGGACACAAACGGACGGCAAAGAACGGGUAUUUCCGCAAGACACCCAGUAACAAUAAAAUUCACUUAUUGCCUAUGAACGUUUUGGGUGGCGAAAGUAGGGUCAUUAGUGAUCAACCACAAGAAGGCAACCUUGUACAAGCUAAUUCAGCUCUUUAUUUCCCUUAUGAUGAUAUCAAAAAUAAACGUGCCUCAAUAUGAUAUAAUUUGUCCUCAUGUUGCUUUAUGCAGUUAUUCAUUAAAAGCGGAAUACUAAAAUUGUGCUCAAAAGCACCGAUUUGCGAUAUUUUUACCGUCAACCCAACACUUUUUAUUACAAGUCUAAGAGCUAAUUCAUCACAAGACCAAAGUUUUAGAUAUUUUGUGACUAUAUAAAUGUAUACAAUGUGGGGUCCAGUGUUUAGAGUAACCUAUUUUUCUACUACAUCAAGAUAACUCCUUCUGUUUAAGAAACUGUGUAGACUCACUGUCAAGUUAAAAGAAUAAUUCUACUAACUAACCAAUUUUUAAAAUAUAAUUUUUCUUCUCGUUGCCACUUUCAGGCAUUGGAUGGAAAGUGCUUCCCAACAAUAUAUUAUGGCAUUCUCUAUUGCCUGGACAUUUAAUCGCAAAAUGUUUUCCUUACACAUUUUAUUCUGCAUCUUUACCUCAAAUCUAGUCAUCAUUUUGAGUAGCGGAUUUGACUUUAAUCUUCAUCUACAAUUUUAAGUCAUUAAUUCUUUUUCAAAAAUGAAUGAAGUAUUCAUUCUAUGUCAUUGCGAAUAAUGCAAGGUUGUUGAGCUUGAGAUCCACUCGAAGGCAGAUAGCCUUGUAAAACAUUCAGUGCUGAUUGCUUGAAUUUCUUAGUGUUUGAUAUUUUUAAAUGUAAAAUAUGUUAGAAUUAGGACUUCCUUAAAUGAGUAAAGUGUUUUUGGCGUUAUGCUGAAACUUAUAGUAUAUCUAGUUAGUCGAGAAAUUAAUUCAUGUUAAUGUGUCAAAUCAUUGUCACUCGGAGUUUGGAGUCAACUAGCUUUGAUUUUAUCAGUCAUUUUUCCAAAAAUUAGAUUUACUCCUCUUGAAGCUCGUUUUUCAAAAGCAUAGAAAUUUGCAUUUAAAAAUAAAAAACGAAAAUUUAAAAUGUAAUUUUUAUCAUUGUAUAUAUUCUGUUUGUGACAUAAUUCGACAUAUUUAAAUGUGUACAUUGCAAUUAAAACAAGGUGGAAGGCUCUUUUUUGAAGUCAGAGCGUUUGUAAAUAUGUAUAAUAAAUAAAUACAACAUACCAUUGAAUAUAUUGAAAAUGAAAUGCCUACGAUUCCGUCUUCUAGCAUUGCUUUAUGCUUAGUUAGGUUUGAAAAGUUGCUGCUUCGGUGCUUUAGAUUUUUAUUCUAUUCUUGAAGAAUUAUAAAUGUGCUCAAUUUUUUUCCUUCAUAAUAAAAUGUAAAAAUUGAUUUAAUCGAAAUUAUAUUUUAAAUUAGUUUCCAUUUCUAAUAAGAUUGGGAAUUUUCUUAUGAAAUCUAAGCUUAAAAAAUAAAGAAAUUUAGGAGUCAAUGACACUUAAUAAAAUGAUAUAGAACAAAAUUUUCUAAAUUUUUUUAGCAUUAGUAUUUCUUUCUUGAUGAAUUCAGUUUGUAAAUAUGUUGAUGUGGUUUUCUCGUAGCUUUAUAAGUUCAUAAGAGAUUUUUAUUCAAAAAAGGAAUUACGAAAAUGCGUUUCUUUCUGAGAGACUGUAAGGGAGUUUAAAAGUUUAUGCACACAAGUCUAGAUAAGCCAUAAGAAGACAUUUCCACUGUUAAACGCAUACUUAAUUUAUUCAUGAAAUAUGUUGUUCUUGCUGAAAUUAUAGAAGUUUAAAGGUCUAUUCAAAUUUAUUAAGAAGACAGCCUAGUUCCUUUAUUAAAUGCAUAUAUGAUUUAUAUAAUUUCAUAACUGCAUAUAUAAUUUUUACUUUUUUAAGAAACUUUUAUAUCUUUUGCAACUGAAAUUCUGUUUAAACAUUUGAGCGUGUUUUGUAAAACCUAUUGUUUAUGCUUUACUUCUAUAUGAGGACAUUUUCAUAUUGAUGUUUCUAAGCGUUUAUUUUAUAAAUAACUUCGUUAAGGAAACAAGAGCACAUUGCUUGUAGUUUAUGUUUAAAAGCCUAAGGAGUGGAUUUUGUAAUGAAAUUCACGUAAUGGUUGCUUGAUAAUGCUCCCAAAAUUUAGCAAAAUUUAAUAGUUUUUAAUCAGAUAAAUAAUUAAUACUAUGAAAUGUUUGUUAAUGAGAUAAUGUGUUUCUUUUCUGGGUCGUCUCUUAACUUUAACCGCACAAAAGCAGCACAUCUUUCGCCUGCCAAAGUUUUCUGUGCAUUCUGUCCACAUACACUCAGAAAAAUAAUUUGUUAUCAAUGAUUUAUAUUUCUUGUUACUUGUUAAAUGUUAUUUUGUUAUUUUAUUUAAACAAAUGUUAUUAUUUAUGAUUCAAAUAAAUAAAACAUGAUGCAUUUAUACAGAUCA